AAGGCGUAUAACAAUUUUCCUCACAGAAAAAGAUUAUAUCCAAUAAUAUAUAUAUUUGACGAUCAAUUGAAUGUUGAAUAAAUGUUGACAUUUUCUUUUGUUUUAUAGAAAUGCAAUGUAGGCAGGAGUUUCGAAAUUUUUAUUUUUACUUUUCUUUUAUUUCAAUAGUCAUUCAGUAAUUUCGAAUUUCUGCUUAUUAAAAGGCGAAAAAAAAUAAAAUGUCGAUUUUUAAUUACCUUCUAAUUUGUCAGUCGAAUAAUAUUUCAUACAACAAUCUUGUUUCACCAUAAAAUUGGAUAUUAAACCUUUCGAACUUCAUUUCUAAGCAAAUUCAAUCCAUAAAUUAUGACGUAUGUAGAGAAACGAUUGAUUUUACGCAAUGGACCACCAUGGGGAUUUCGUUUAUAUGAAGAUUUUAUGGAGGGAUUAAUCGUUGCCAAGAUAAGACGGCGUAGUCCAGCUGAAGCUGCAGGAUUGCGUGAAGGUGAUCAUGUGCUGGCGAUUAAUGGUGCAGAUGCGCUGGAUAUGUCACAUGCUCAAGCUGUACAGAUUAUUGAUCUUGCAUCAUAUACACUGGAGGUGAUUGUAGGCAGAUAUGAACGACAGCAAAAGAUAGAAAAAGUUUAUCUGGACAAUAAAUCUCUACGUUCUAAGCAAAUACCUGAAGAGAUCACAACAACUGAAUUACAAUUGUUUUGGGAGAAAGGAAUGCCGCUGAAACCAGCACGUAGAAAUUGGCCUCCACCACCUCCACAGCAGUAUGUUUCACCUCCACGAUCACCACCGCCUACAGCGAAGUCACAUUCAGUUUCUAUACAUGUUCCACCUCCAAGACCAGUUGUGAUUCCAACGCCACCAGCACCUCAACCACAACCAGUACGCCCACAACCACCACCACCACAGCCUGUGAAACAACCUUCUAUUGAUCCACAUAUUAUUCCUCAUGAUCCAGAUGUAGCCAGUGUCUCAGUGAAACAAUUGAUGCGAGAAUUUGAUGUGCCACCGAUAGCACCUGAAUUGAAAAAAAAGAAUUAUGCUGACUCAUCAUUCUAUUCAGAUCCUUCAAAAUAUUAUCCAACAAUUGAAGAACAAAUCGCAAUGGCUAGACGAGUUGCCAACAGUCUACAUGAUCCAUAUAAUCUUGAAUCAAAAGGUGCAUGUAUGUUUGAGAAACAACGACAAAGAGCAGAAAAAUAUGUUAAAGAAGGACCAGAGCCUAAACCAGAUCCAAUUGAAUCAGCAACUCCUGAACAGUUGGAGUACAUGACACCUCCAGAAGCACCACCGCAUCCACCUCCUCCACCGCCAAGUUUCCCUGGUCUUCAACCAAAUAAAAAACCGACUAUCCCACAACCACCACCAAUGACUUAUGCUCCAGGCCAACCGAAGACAGUGCAAGAAUUCUUAGAGAAAAUUAAAAUUUUCCCUAAAAAUACACAUUCAGAUUUAGAUCCACAGAAAUGUUUCGACAUUGCUACAGCUUUAUAUCAAUCUGAUAGUCGUGGAGCUAAAAUGUUCGCCAAACGUCAUGCUAGAGCUUUGAAAUGGGAUGCACAAAAUUCAGAAGAUGAUGAAUCAGGCAAUCGAACGAUGAAUGUAGCUGUAGCCUCUGGUCCAGGUCCAACAAUGAAUAGUUAUGCUCAUGUUAAAAUGACUUCAAAACUUCCCCAAUCGAAAUCACCACAACGACUGGAAUUAAAACAACAAGUUCCUGCUGGUAAACCAAUACCAGUUAAUCAAAAUAAUGGAGAGACAAAUGAAUAUAAGAAACCGAGUAUUUCAUUGGCUGUCGACCGGGCACCAUCACCACCUAAUCAAUCGGAAAAUUUACUCGGUCCUACACCGAAACCAUUUGUACCAGCUAAUUCAAACAGUAGUAUAUCAUUUGGACAAUUGAACAACGCUGUCAAUAAUAGUAAUAAUCAUAAUACCAAUAGUAAUAAUUUUAAUAACGGAUUUGGCUUAGGCAACAAUAAUUCGACUAGUAGUAGUAUUAAUUAUAAUGAUAAUAAUAAUAAUAAUAAUAAUACCACUAGUGGAUCUGGUUGGCGUCCUGUUAAAUUUAGAAUUGGACAAACUGCAAAUUAGUACAAAAGGCAGAGAAACAAUUA